AUGGCGUCAAGUAUACCCAAUCCUGAUCUUGAUUCUCCUUUAUGCCGUCGUUGCGGUGAAGAUUACCCAGGUAGAAAUAAGACUCAACUGAUUUGUGAACCAUGUCAAUGGAAGCAAGAUCACCCAACCGAAGUCAAUAAGAUGGUACCUUGUCUUAUCUGUUCAGCCCAGUUUGAGGUCCUCAGCACUGGAUUGUGUGGUCGAUGCAAAAAAAAUCCAAAGGUGGUUGCGCUUCAAAGUCCUUCAGCAUCUCGUCCAUCAGUGGCAUCACCAGCUAAAUCAAUCAUUCCACCAAUCAUGAAUUCACCGCACAAAACCCUUUCUUCUCUUUCAAUUCCCUUUGGCUCUCAAUCAUGCUUGAUCUCGCCUUCAAAGACAUCUAUCACCUCAAGUUAUCAACCUUUGAUACAUUCCGGAUCUUUGCGUCACUCAAGCUCUCAGGCAUCGGAACCUCUGACUCUCAACACAGCUACACCUUCAUCAGCUCAUUAUGGAAUGCACCUUGAGAGCAGUGUUCAAAGAGCAAUUUCUCAGGCUCACGAACUUCAAUCUCGCCAACGUCAACUGCAGAUAAAUAACCAUCGAAAGGCAGCUGGUCCGUAUCCUCCCAGCACUGAAGCAAGAUCAUUUGCAAGAUCCCAGCUAAAGAGAGUAUCCGGAUCAAAGGAACCAAAAACAACUGGAAAUUUGCUCAUUAAUAUUGCUUAUAUGUUGGAUAGUGAACUGGUUGAAACUCAAUUGCUUGGUGCUCGAUUUGAAUACGAUUUCUCACAGCCAGAUUGGAUGAUUGAUUCGACAAAACAGGCCUGUACUUACUUUAGAGAUCGCCACCCAACUUUCCCCUCACCUCAACAAGUAGUUGAGCUUGGCCUUCUUAGCCUACCACCUUAUCAGAAAGAAUGGUACCACCUGGGUGAAUUAAGCGGACGCAAAUCAUUACCUAAUCUUAUCAACGAAAGUUACCUUCGUUCAAAAAUCGCUAGUGGACGUGGUCUCGACAAGAUUGUGUUAAUUUACAAUUCACAUGAAUAUCUGACGGCAAUCGGUGAAGAAAAUGUUGAAGAUGACUUCCUACACCUAGAACGUUUGUCAUCUAUUCCUCCACGUAGCAUCACAUUACGAUCAGAUUCUGCCAAAACUUCAGUGGUUCAGCAGGGAUCAGUCAUUUCAAAUGUUGAUCAUGAGUCUACACCUCCUCCAAUAAGCACCUCGAUUUCAAAAGACCCCAGACCAAUUGUACAAUCGAUCGAAACUCAAACAUCACCACCAAUUUUGCAUUCAAAAGGAACCCAGACUCCUUUAUACCAACAAUCAGUUGAACAAGUCAAUACCGAGCUUGUUUAUGAAUUGUCUGCUGAACCUGUUCAUCAAGUGCUGAAAAAGAUCUUCGAUGAUGCCCCCGGUGGUAAAGUUACUUUUAAUUGUUUAGGGAUGAUGCGAGCCCUUGGAAGAGGAACUCUUAAUGUUACGACCAUUUCUCGAAGCCGUAUCAGCCCUGGUUGGAAAGCUGGUUCAAUGCUUACUAUCAUCACAACUCAUCCUGACUCACCUGAUCUUGAUCAAAACAUACUCGAUCGACUAGUAUUUGAAAAGGCCGACAUCAUGUAUUAUGUCGAUCGUCUUGCAUUGAUUGGAAGUGGAGCGUUUAUGAACUGUUACAAAGCAAAGGUUGUAAUCGAGGGUCAAGUGCGAGAUAUGGUUGCUAAGCAGGGAAUAGGAGCUUCAAUCAGUAUUGAAAGCUAUCAAGCAUUGGCACAGCGCUAUCUACAAGCAGAAAGGUGUAUAGAGAUGUUCAAGCUUGCUCUUGUCAAAAACUUUAUUGUACACCAAGGACGCUCGGAUGAUCCUAAAACAGCCAACAUAUUUUUAUUUGAAGAGAAGAUUGAAGGAAAUUUUGUGAAAUUUUUUGGUAAUCUAUUCUUUGGAAUCCCCGAGGACAAGGAGAAUGAAACCAUAUAUCAGAUUAUGCAUACAUUAUCACACAAAACUUAUCAUGAUAGCUAUGGUAGAUGGAUGAUUGCAGAUAUUCAAGGAAAUAAAGACGGGCUACUCACAGACAUCGCUAUCAUAGAUGAAGAGUACCCAUGGACUAUGGGAAACACCAACCGACUUGGUUUGAUUGGAUUUUGCCUAACAGCAAAAUGUAACUCCUUGUGUAAGUAUCUUGACCUCCCACCUCCUCGUAGUGCUAGAUACCCCAAGCUUGUGAAUGGUGUAGUGGUUGAAGGGACUGAGAACGAUUUUCCCGUGCUGGAUUCUGAUGCUGAGCGCUCAUGGGAAUUAGAGGCUGGUAUCCGUUCUAUUUCUGCAUCAACUCAUUGUUAA